GAAGCGUUUCUUUUUCUCUCUGACACCUGCCAUAUUUGCUGCAUUCAUAGCUGGCUACAGCAGAGAAACCAUGCACAGCAGAUUUCCUGUUUAUGAAUUCCACUUUUCUUACAUUCAGAUAAAUUUGUGUGGAUUAAAAAUGAUUCUGCUUCUGAGUUUUUGGAUUGUUACAGGUCUCAUGGCAGAGGACCCAACAGCGACAUAUUAUCGACUGAAAAACAGCUCAGUGUGUCUGAAUGUCAGGAAACCGCCACCAUAUAAACGUGGUGAAUGGAAAUAUAACAUGAUAUUUAUUGCUGAUGAUACAGAAAUCAACCCAAAAUACAAAGACAGAGUGGUUUAUAGUGCUGGGAACCUCUCCUUGUGUAUUAAUAACCUGGCUGAUACAGACACUGGGAUAUAUGAACUCUCAUACCGCUUUAACUAUACUACAGUGUCAGAGAAGCAUCAAGUCAUUGUUCAAGAUGUGGUUCCCAGACCUGUCAUUAUAAUGUCAAAGCUUGGCUCCAACCAGUCUGCUGGACGCUGCAAUAUCACAGUAAACUGCUCCAUUCAGGAUCAUUGGCUUUGGUCUGUUUGUGAUAAAGACGGCUGCAGAAGAUCACAGAAAUCAUUCAGUAAGGUCAACAUCACCAUCUUAACUGAGAACAGAGCUGUGGUCUGCAGAGGCAACAACAAUGUUAGCACAAAUAAAGCUUCUGAAAACUUAACACUGUGUUUCAAUGACUCUAAUCCUGAUAAUAGAGAGGAAACACAACACCCUCCACCAACGAGAGCGCUUGCAUUUAUUAUUGUUUGUGUUUUACUCGCCUGCGUCUUCAUAACAGUUUCUCUCUUUUUAGUUAAAAGAUUAUUUUCAACAAAAUGGAAAUCCUACCAGGCUCCAACAAAUACUAUCCGCUCAAUACAAAGCCAGCCCAUUAGUACUCUGCCAUCAUCUCAGUCUAGAUCCUCUACUGCAUCUUCAUCAAGUGAUGCUGACCCUGCUUAUGAGAACGCAGACAUCCUUCAGUACAGCCAGACCAACAGCCCAGGAGAGCAAAUUAACUCCAUGGCAAGCUACACAAUAGAUACCAUCUACACUCUUCCAGGAGUGAAAAGCUCUUCUGCUGGCAACAACACACAAAAUACUUCAGAGACUGCCACAGUGGAGGAGGCACAACAACGGCCCACACAGGUCGACACAGUUUACAGUGUGUUGCAGAAACCAAAAAAUCUGAAUGUAUAGCACCACCCAGAGGCCAAACUGGACUUUUGAACAGUGAGAAACAAAAGUAAACGAGAGAACAGAAACUGUACAAAGAGAGUGAACAUUUUGUAUUAACACACAAAUAUUCCAAAAAUGACCAAAGCGCUAAAACAAAUAAAAGUUUAGUUUAGUUA